AUGGGUUCUGUGACUGCAAGCGAUGGAUACUUGAGCAUAACGCCGGAUCCACAGCAAGGCAAAGGCAGUUCAACCUCAAAACCUCUACCGCUAAACAAUGUUGGUCGGGUUCUGUACUCCCACCCUUUGCUUGCUUGGCCGGCCAAUAUCUCAACCACCUUCACUGUAAGGAUUUCCGCCUUCCGAAUUCAACGGGCUCCGGUGAUGGAAUGGCUUUUGUGUUCGCACCAGAUAAUUGUCCCUCACCACCUGAUAGCUAUGGCUCUUAUCUCGGACUCCUUGAUCGAUCAUCCUCUUAUUUGUUUAAGUGAAAGGGAGUACAUGGCAGAGAUAUGCACAAUAGGGCGUCUUAGACACAAGAACUUAGUGCAACUCCAAGGUUGGUGCCAUAAGCGGGAGCAUCUCCUCUUAGUGUACGAGUAUAUGCCGAAUGGUAGCCUGGACCAUUUCAUCGGAAUAGCGUUUCUCGACUGGAAAACGAGGUACAAUAUAUUAAAAGGGCUGGCAUCGGCAUUACUAUACCUGCACGAAGAGUGUGGCAACCCUGUUGUUCAUCGAGACGUUAAGCCAAACAAUGUGAUGUUGGAUUCUGAUUAUAAUGCUCAUUUAGGUGAUUUUGGGCUCGCAAGAUUGCUUGAAAACGAUGCUUCUGUAACAACCGUGUUAGCAGGAACUCCAGGAUACUUGGCCCCAGAAGCAGGCUACACGGGGAAGGCUACCCCAGUAUAG